CAGAGUCAUUUUUCCUUAUAUUUCCUCAUUUCUUACAAAUUUUAAGGGGUAUUUUUCUAGACUAUUUUAUAUGAGAAAUUCUCAGGCUACAACCCCAUCGAGAGAUUAUGACUUUUUAUUCAAGUUACUUAUAAUUGGUGACAGCGGUGUUGGCAAAAGUAGUUUAUUAUUGCGUUUCUCUGACAAUACAUUUUCCGCAAAUUAUAUUACCACAAUCGGAGUUGACUUUAAAAUCCGGACAAUUACUGUAAAAGGUUACAAAGUAAAAUUACAAAUUUGGGACACAGCUGGACAAGAAAGAUUUAGAACAAUUACUUCAACUUAUUAUAGAGGGACUCAUGGAGUUGUUGUUGUUUAUGAUGUAACUACACAAGACUCUUUUGCUAAUGUAAAACGUUGGCUUCACGAAAUUGAAACAAAUUGUGAAAAUGUCCAAAGAAUUCUUGGGAAUAAAUUGGACGAACCGACAAGGAGAGUCGUUUCUGAAGUGGAUGCAAGACGUUUUGCUGAUUCUAUUAAGAUUAAUUAUUUUGAGACUUCAGCCAAAGAGAAUUUAAAUGUUGAACAGAUGUUUCAAUGUAUAACAGAAUUAGUUUUGGAUACAAAAUUGCGUUCAAUUGCUCAAAAUCCUGGGGGUGGAAAUGACUCGCGUAGUGGAGCUAUAACUGUUGACAGAAAUGGGGGAAGGCAACAACAAAGAAAGAAAUGUAAAUGUGGUUAA